AAUAGACUUGUUACUUCAUGGUGAUAACGUAAUAAUAAGUCGGUUUUCUGAUGAUUUAUUAUGUUAGAUUUGAGGGAAUUGGAGAUGGAGAAAGAGAAAGAAGAUGAGACAUCUCCGAGGGGUGUCUUAGAAGCUGGCGUUAAAGACUUAGACUCUGAGUCAGAGCAACAAGCAUCUGAAUCAAAUGCAAGUGGUUCAAGUAAUUCAAGCAGAGCACGCUCUCGAUGGGGCAAAAUUUUCAAAUUGUGGAAAAUUAGACCAACUAAGAAUCACCUACCUUCAUUACACACUCUUAGUUUCUCCAAGUUACGAUGGAAGAGCAAAAGCACUAAAGAAGAUACUACUACUACUCUACAUACUGGUUUCUACAACUUCAGGUCUUCUUUGAUCACUUUUAGCCUUUCAGAAUUACAAUAUGCAACCAACAAUUUUAGCAGCGAAAAUUUAAUAGGAAGAGGUGGUUUUGCUGAGGUUUAUCAGGGUUGUCUUGAAGAAGGGAAACUAAUAGCAGUGAAGAAAUUGACGAAUGGAAGCAUAGAAGAAAAGACAGCGGGUUUUCUAUCAGAACUUGGUGUGAUUGCCCAUGUUGAUCAUCCUAAUACUGCCAAGAUUAUUGGAUGCUGUGUCGAACGAGACAUGCAUCUUCUUGUCUUUUCACUUUCUCCUCUCGGAAGUUUGGGAUCUCUUCUUCAUGGUCCAAAUAAACACAAACUAGAUUGGAGUAAAAGAUAUAAGAUUGCUUUGGGAAUAGCUGAUGGUUUACUCUAUCUACAUGAGAAUUGUCACAGACGGAUUAUUCAUAGAGAUAUUAAAGCAGAGAAUAUUUUGCUCACCGAGAAUUUUGACCCACAGAUUUGUGAUUUCGGGCUCGCAAAAUGGUUACCAGAACAGUGGACUCACUGCAACGUAACGAAAAUUGGAGGCACAUUUGGGUAUUUUGCACCUGAAUAUUGCAUGCAUGGCAUAGUAGAUGAGAAAACUGAUAUAUUUUCUUUUGGGGUCUUACUUCUGGAGAUCAUAAGUGGGCGUCCAGCUUUGGAUGAUAUGCAGAAAAGCCUUGUGCUGUGGGCCAAACCUUUGCUUGAAGAUAAGAAUAUUGAAGCACUUGUUGAUCCUUCUCUUGAUGAUGAUUAUGAUAAGGACCAAGUAGGUCAUGUUGUUUUCACUGCAUCGAAGUGUGUUGAUCAGUCUCCUAUUUUAAGGCCUUGCAUGAGUGAGGUUGUGACACUACUAAGAGGUCACGAUAAGUGUGACUUAGAAUCUACAAGAAAAGGUCAAAGAAAGUCGCUUCAGAGAACAUACUCAGAAGAGCUACUAGAUGCACAAGAAUACAACUCAACAAAAUAUCUUAGAGAUCUCAAUCGACAUAGACAACUUGCCUUGGGUUCUUGUGAAUCUUGAUA